ACAGUUUACAUAGUUACACUGUUUACUGCUUACAAUUGAUUGUCAUUUGACAGUUUAUUUGCUUUCUGUUCAGUUCAAAAUACUUGAUGGCUUAACCAUUUUAGGUUUAUCUGGAUUUUUGUUCAGUACAUAUUUUGUGAUUGCUUGACUAUUUAAUAAAAGAUUUACAUUAUGUCUUUUCUGAACUAGUUAUUCGUAUUCACAGAGAUACUGUGAAAUCAAGAAAUUUCCUGAACGUUUUGUUUGCUUUAAAUGUCAAUUAUCAAAAUGGCGGACUUGUCUACGUCUUCUCAUGCCAAAGGCUCUGAUGAGGUUAAGGAUUUUAUUUGUUCGUCAUGCAAAGAGCAAGCACAUGCAGAUUUUUACUGCAAAACAUGUUUGAAACUUUAUUGUGGGAAAUGUAUUCAGUUGCAUGAUAAGUGGUUUAAAAAACAUUCAGCUUAUGGAAGGAAUGACAUGAAAGAAUGGCCAGUUUCGAAACAGGUGGAGGAAUUUCUAUUGAAGUGUCAAGCGCACAAGGACGACAAAAUUGAAAUGUUAUGUGAUGACCACAGUCAAUUGUGCUGCACAAAGUGUGCCUUCAAUGAUCACAGCCAGUGCAGUAAAGUGACUCCAAUUAAUGAGCUGACUGACAUGCAGCCCACAGACCUACAGGGACUGUCAGUGGAGCUGGAAACUGUUCUGGGAGAAAUCAAAAGCCUUCAGAUCAGUCAGGAGCUCAGUGUUCAGGCAUUGCUAAGAACAUAUAAGGAACAUGGGGCAGUCAUGAUAGAACAAAUGCGUGGCAAUUUAAAUUUUAAUAUAGAUGAUAUAGAUGAGUGUGGUAAUAGUUAUGUGAGUACAUCGGGCGGACAUGAGCAAUAUUUAAAAGAAGAGAUGUGUAGGAGUGUUCUUUUUAUCUUGAAUGAAUUUGAUAAUAUUACUGUGAAGGAACUAAACGAGAUGAGAGAUGAAGUUAUAAGCAUAAAAGGGUCAAUUACAAGUUCUAUUAUUAAAUGCACCAGUCUUCACAAUGACUUGUCACAUUUCCAUGAAUUUGUUCAGAAAAUUGGAGAUAAUAAGGAGCUCUGCCUUAUAGCCAGCAUAAAAUGUAAGCAUAUAAUACAGCAAGCAUUAACUCUGCUAGGAAAGUCAGGCGAGGUGUUUAAUGCCCAGAGUAUUACUAAGCAUAAUGUGAGAAUACCAAGUGAUAAAGAUGUAUGUUAUAUCAGAAGCAUAUGUGUUCUUCCCGAUGGGCAGGUACUGGUUGUAGACUGGAAUAAUCAGAAUGUCAAGCUGCUGAACCAGCAAUACCAGGUGGUGAGUCACUGGGAUGUGAAUGCUCGGCCAUUGGACAUUUGUUUGAUCACACCCAGUGAGGUUGCAGUGGCUGUGAAUACUAGUAACAUACAUGAGGUCCAGUUUAUCACUGUCAGCCAGGGAAAGCUUGUUUCUGGCAGGAAGUUUCAGUUACAACAUGAAUGUACAUUUAUUACCCAUCACCAAGGAGACCUUUUUGUCACCUCUGGUCAAGAACUGUACAAAUACUCACUGAAUGGCAAACUGGUCUGCAGACUCUACCAAGAUAGAUCAUCUGUUCCCACAGUAGAGAAGUGUGCUGUGAGUCCCACAGGGGACAGGCUGUACAUCAUCAGCAGGUACCAGAACAAGCUUCUCACCCUGGCCAGGGAUGGCACACUCCUGGCUACAUACACAGACCCAGCACUACGUGUCCCAUCUGGUCUACAUGUGACCCCUGCAGGCCAGGUGCUGGUCUGUGAAUGGGGGUCCAACACUGUACUACAGGUGGGCCGGGAGGGAGAGAGUAAGCUGGCUACUCUUGCUACACGGGAGGAUGGAGUGAGGAGACCAUGGUCAGUCUGCUACAGCAGCACCACAUCAUCAAUCAUUGUGGGACUGUAUGGGGACAACAACAUCCUGGUGUUCAGAGUGGAAUAGUGUGUACAUUUGCUGCUGGGUCGGGUCAACGAUGCUGAGGAUGUGGGGGACAAGCAUGACGCAGAAGGUGAGCACCAGCAUUGAUAUCCAGUUGGCCAAGCAACAGCACCAGUCCGGCCUGCAGGAGCCCCAAUACUAAAUGAUCCUUUGCCUUCCCUGAUCCCUAGCUCCUCCCACUGGACCUCCGGCCACAAAGGGUCAGCAUCAUAACACAAGUCUGUUCUGCAAUAAAUCCUCAGCACGUCAAGUUUUCACGCGCUGUUAUGAACAGCUGAAAUGUCUGUGUUGAGAUUUCCCCAAGCAAGCCCGAGUAGUUUUGUUUAGCUCUAGUGCCCGAGUGGGAUGAGUGUUACAGAAGCGAGACGUUAUAGCAGCACCUAUGGUAACGCUAACAGUUAACGCUAACAGUUAGUUCUCACUGUGGACAUCACGAAGAAUCUCACAAAGGAUUAAACGUUGAAUAGUUUGUUUAAUUCUUUAUAAGACAGCUAUAUAUUCAGCGAGGAACGGGAGCAAAUCAAGGAACAAUCGAAACUAUUCAUUCAGAAGUAUAUCUGCUGUAGAUAGUUAGGACAGUAGAAGGGUUACGGACUAUCCUCAGCGCACAAUAUAUUCAUGUGGUGUGCCUCAGACGCGAAUUCCCACAUGAUUGAAAACAAGUUGCUAAAAGUAAACACGUACGGUUUUGCACUCCGAGCCCAAAGGGCAUCGCAUUGAAUUGAGACUAAAGAAGGCUUAAAAACGUGACAACAGUUUUGUUGUAUGGUCCAGUACGCCCUUCGACUCAUCCCGAAGUUAAUCAGAACUCAAACUCGGCCCUUAACAAUAUCCGCGAGGCCAGCAUAUCAGCUCAGCUUCUGAGCUUCAGGAGAGCACCAGCAUUGGUAUUGAGCUGGCCCAGCAACAGUACCAGUCCAGCAUGCAGGAGAUCCAGUCAAGGACGACCCUUCCCCUCCCCUGGCCACUAACUCCUCACUUUUGACCUGCAGCCUCAAAGGAUCAGCAUCGUUGAACAAUUCUGUUCUGCAGGAAAUUCUCAGCACGUCAAGUUUUCACGGGCUGUUCUCAACAACCGCAAUGUCCUGGUCAAGUUUUCCACACUCAAGCCUGAGUAGUUUUGUUAAAUAUAAGCAGUAGAAAUGGUAAAACUAACAGCCAGUGUGCUCGCUCUGGGACAUCACAAAGAAUAUCACAGAAUACAAAGUUGAAUAACUUGUUCCAUUCAUUAUGGGACCAACAGAAAUUUAGCAAGAAACAGGGCAAACAAUCAAGGAACAAUUGAAGCGAUUAAUUUAGAAGUGUAGGCUUUCCAAAGUAGAUACUUCUGCUGUUGAUAGUUAUGACAGUAAUAGCGUUACGGACGCCUCGGUUUGUCCUCUCAGGCGUGUAAACUGUCCAUAAAGAACACACUUCUGACGCUUUUGCUGACAAAGAAAGGCAGAAAUGACUUGGCUGUGAACACCCAGAGCACAAUACAUCCUUGGAGCAUGCCUCAGACGCAAAUUCCGCCAAAGAUUAUAAACAAGGCGCAAAAUGUGAACAUGUCUAGCUUUGUUACGAGCACUUCCCACUCCGAGCCCAUAGGCCUCGUAUUGAAUCGAGGCUAGAGAAGGCAUUGACAAAUGACAGCAGUUGUGUUGUGUGGUCCAGUAGGCUCUUCGACUCUCAACCCGACGUUAAUCAGAACUCAAACUCAGCCCUUAGCAAUAUCAGCUCAGCUCCUUCAGCCUCAGGAUUUGAUGCAAUCCUUGAUUGGUACCCAGCUUAACAACAGGCUCUUUGGUCAGCUGGUCCCAGACGCCCAGAGACACUUCCUGUGCAUCGGGGGUAGUUGGCUCUUGGCGCAGGACCUCGGGGCAAAUGCUCAAUGAAUCCUUCCCGCAGGGUGCAGCCAGUCUAAACCUGGGGUUUCAAACUUCCCUGCCUAAGGGCCGAGAUUAUAUCAUCCACAAGGCACACAUUUCUGGGAGGCGCUAAGACCAUUUUAUCUGUUCACAGAGUCUUAUACUCACAAGUUCAGGCCCAGAGAGAAAUAUCCCCAACUACAACUUUGCCCCUACAUCACAAUAGGAGAGCACCAGCUUUGAUAUUGUGUUGGCCCAACAACAGCACCAGUCCGGCAUGCAUGAGCCCCAGUCCAGGACAACCCUUCCCCUACCCUGAUCCAUAUCUCCUCCCCCAAGACCUCCAACCUCAAAUUCUGAACACAUCCAGUUUUCUUGCACUGUUCUCAUCAACCGCAAUGUCCACGUCAAGUUAUCCACUGUCGAGCCCGAGUAGUUUUGUUUAGCUUGAGUGUCCGAGUGGGAAGAGUGUUACAGACACAAGGAGUUAUAUCAGUAGUUAUGGUAAUGCUCAAUCAACAGUCAGUUCUUGCUGUUGGACAUCACUGUGAAUAUCACGACGAAUGAGAAGUUGAAUAACUUGUUCCAUUCGUUAUGGGACAAACACAAAUUCAGCGAGGAACGGGACAAAAAAAUCAAGGAACAAUUGAAGCGAUUAAUGCAGAAGUGUAGGCUUUCCAAAGUAGAUACUUCUGCUGUUGAUAGUUAGGACAGUAGUAGUGUUACGGACCGUCUUGGUUUUGUCCUCUCAGGCGUCUAAACUGUCCAAAGGGAACAUAAAGCUUUUGACGCUGUUGCUGAUGAAGAAAGGCAGUAGUGACUUGGCUGUGAACACCAAGAGCACAAUACAUCAAUGGGGCAUGCCUCAGACGCAAAUUGCGCCCAAGAUUGUAAACAAGGUGCAAAAUGUUAACAUGUCUAGCUUUGUUACGAGCACUUGGCACUUGUAUUGAAUCGAGAAUAGAGAUGGCUUUAGAAAAUGACAGCAGUUUUGUAAUGUCGUACAGUACGCACUUCGACUUUCAACAGAGUUAGUCAGAACUCAAACUGGGGCCUUAGUAAUAUCAGCAAGUUGUAGAGACGCUCAAAGUGAAACAAUUUGUUCCAACAGAUAGAACAGGCGUUGAUUGACUCGUCCGUAAAUGUGACUGGCCUUAAUAUGUUGCUCUCGAAUAAUGUGAACCUCACCAGGAGAGCUGUCUGCGAUUGACACCAUUCAAUAACAGUUGUUGUCGGGAAUUCCCGGGUUUGGGUUGGUGACUUAGGUGUCGGGACUCGCUUCAUCUCUGCAUAUGGCACGGUCGCAGCAGCAGCAGCAGCAACAAGAACAGCAGUCGCUUCUGAGUCUGGACAAAGAUGCUGAGGAUGUGGUGGACAAGAAUGACCUGAAUACGCAGAAGGGGAGCACCAGCAUUGAUAUAGAGUUUGCCCAGGAACAGCACCAGUCUGCCUGAAGAAUCCCCAGUCCAGGACGAUCCUUCCCCCUCCCUGACCCCUAGCUCCUCCACCCUGACCUCUGGCCUCAAAGGGUCAUCGUAGUUGAACAAUUCCGUUCUGCUGGAAAUUUUGAGAAUAUAGAGUUUUCAAGCGCUGUACUCAACAACCGCAAUGUCUGUGUCGAGUUUUCAACACUCAAGACUGAGUAGUUUUGUUAAGCUCGAGUGCCAGAGUGGGACAGACAUGAGGAGUUAUAGAAGUAGUUAUGGUAACACUAACAGUCAGUUCUUGCCGUAUGACAUCACAACGAAUAUCAGGAAGAAUAAAACGUUGAUUAAUUUGUUCCAUUCUUUAUGGGACAAACAUAAAUUCAGCGAGGAACGGAAGAAAAUAAAGGAAAUGUUACAAUUGAAGCGAUUUAUUCACAUGUGUAAGCUUUCCAAGCGGGAUACUUUUGCUGUCUAUAGUUUGGACAGUAGUAGAGUUACAAACGCGCUUUUGAUGCUGUUGCUGACAAAGAAAGGCAGUAACUACUUCAUUGUGAACACCCAGUGCACGAUACACCCAUGGGGUUUGCCUCAAAUGUGAAUUCCGCCCAAUAUUGUAACCAAGGUGCUAAAAGUAAACACUUCUGGUUUUGUUAUGAGCACUUUGCACUCCAAGCCCAAAGCACAUGGAAUCAACGCUAGAAAAGGCUUUGAAAAAUGACAGCAGUUUCGUUGUGUGAUCCAGUAGGGACUUCGACUCUGAACGACGUUAAUGAGACCUCAAACUUGACCAUAGCACUCACAGCGAGGCCAUCAUGUUAUCUCAGCUUCUUGAGCUUCAGAGCUAGUUCCUAGCAAUCAAUAGAUCGGUACUCUGCUGAAAAACAGGAUCUCUGGUCAGCUGGGCCCAGACGCCCAGCAACACUUCCUGGCCCAGGACCUUGGGGCAAAUGCUCAACAUGUUCUAUCUGCAUGGUGAAGCCUGUCUAAACCUUGGGCUCCAAACUUUCCUGCUGUGGGGCCGAGAUUAACUCAUCCAUAAGAGGCCUUAUACUCACAAGUUCAGGCCCAGAGAACGGUGUUCCCCAACUACAACACAACCAGUAUGUCUCAAUAGAGGACACCCUUCCUGAAAACCUCGCUGAGUGUGACUGCGCCAUACGUGACCCUUCAGUGAACUGAGAUUCCAGGCGGAAUGUCAAACUGGUACUACUCAGGUCUCCAGAAAUAGCCUCAGCCUUGGACGCAGGUUCAUGAUGCACCCAUGGCCUUACUUAUUUCUGAACAUCUCAAUCUCACAGCAAUUGAUGUGAAUUAAUGAUAUAAGACUCCACAAACCACGUUAUGGAGAGGGUAUAUUGGAGUCAAUGUUCUCUUAUCAUGUUAAGUGUUUGGAAGUACAUAGCCACGUCAACGCAGCAGCAAAAACAACAGUAGCAGUCUAGUCAAGGGUCACCCCGCAACGUUCACUGCCUAGCGAUGAAAUCAUCCACCGUUACAUGUAGUUGGUUGAGGGUCGACCAAAACCACCCAGUGCCUUACGAUGAAAACCUCCAACGGGACUGUGACCUUGCCCUUGGACUCACCUAAUGGUCAGGUUCAAGGUCACAUGGGCUUAGAUAGUCACUGCAGUAAGAAUGUUUAAGAUUUUAAAGAAGAUGACUUCACAAUAGGACAUCCGAGACUGCAAUGACGAAAUGAGUGUCCUCACUUCAGCAGUGGAGGCCAAUACACAAUACGAGAGUUUCCAGCGGCUUACCUUAUCUGAAAACCUGGGUAGCAGAGCAAUGAGUAUAUCCCCGGAGCAUUUGCAGUCACAGCAAGUGAACCAGCGGCAGUCAUCGUCUCUAGAUUCCGAGAUCCCCAUGCUUCACAACCCUCAGUCUAUGAACAUCAUGCAGAGCAAACCUUGGACGACCAUUGACGAAAUCAAACCGGCAAAUCAGAAGGACAGCCUGUUGCUACAGAUGUUAUCAUAUUAGCCCCAGUCAUACCGAAGAAGCUCAGAGAUAUAAAUUCUGUUUAAGAUGUGCUUGUCUCUGCAUACUCCAUGUCUGGUGUGAACAUGUACAAUUGAAGGUCUCUGCAUACUCGGUGUCUGGUGUGAACAUGUACAAUUGAAGGUCUCUACAUACUCCAUGUCUGGUGUGAACAUGUCCAAUUGAAGGUCUCUACAUACCACAUGUCUGGUGUGAACAUGUAUAAUUGAAGGUCUCUGCAUACCCCAUGUCUGGUGAAAACAUGUACAAUUGAAGGUCUCUGCAUACCCCAUGUCUGGUGUGAACAUGUAAAAUUGAAGGUCUCUACAUACUCCAUGUCUGGUGUGAACAUGUACAAUUGAAGGUCUCUACAUACUCCAUGUCUGGUGUGAACAUGUCCAAUUGAAGGUCUCUACAUACCCCAUGUCUGGUGUGAACAUGUACAAUUGAAGGUAUCUACAUACCCGGUGUCCGGUGUGAACAUGUACAAUUGAAGGUCUCGUCUUUGAAAUUGGGACAGGUGGAAAAUUAAUGAAUUGAUGCAGACAGAAGUCGCAUAAUGACAAAUCACAACAAAAAGUGGAAAUCCAGACAGUCUUGUGGCCAGCCAUGUUUUUAUGUGACCAUCCAAGUUGUGUUCAAAGAAAAUAAUAGUUCAUGUUUUAUUGGAACUAUGAUGCUGAUAGUCAUUUUUAUGCGAAGAAGAGGGGGUAUAUUGCUUUGCUCAUGUCAGUCUGUCUGUCGGUCCGUCCACCAGGUGGUUUCCGGAUGAUAACUCAAGAACGCUUGGGGCUAGGAUCAUGAAACUUCAUAGGUACAUUGAUCAUGACUCGCAGAUGACCCCUAUUGAUUUUGAGGUCACUAGGUCAAAGGUCAAAGUCACAGGUGAAGGUCACAGUUACUGGAAAUAGUCAUUUUAAGUCUGUCUGUCUGUCGGUCCGUCCACCAGGUGGUUUCCGGAUGAUAACUCUAAAACGCUUGGGGCUAGGAUCAUGAAACUUCAUAGGUACAUUGAUCAUGACUCGCAGAUGACCCCUUAUGAUUUUGAGGUCACUAGGUCAAAGGUCAAGGUCACAGGUGAAGGUCACAGUUACUGGAAAUAGGCAUUUUAAGGAUUUAGCAUGGCUCAAACAAGUGAAACAACUACCGUUUAUGCAUGUUCUUUUUAUUUCAGCAUUUGCCUCCCUUAAAUUCAUUUUAAAUCUCAUUUUACAGCAGAGAUUCCAAAUCUGACCUGUAAAUGAGCCCCAUUUUACUGCCAGUGCUAGGUUAACUUUUCCCAUUUGAUCAUUCUUAAGUAUUGUUAUUGUAAUGCUGCUGCUACUGCUACUGCUACUACUACAACUACUACUUCUACUACUACUAAUAUUACUACUACUACUACUACUACUACUACUACUUCUACUACUACACCACCACCAUCACCACCACCACCACCACCACCACCACCUACUACUAUUACUACUAUUACUACUACUACUACUACUACUACUACUACUACUACUACUACUACUACUACUACUUCUACUACUACUGCUACUACUACUACACCACCACCACCACCACCUACUACUACUACACCACCACCACCACCACCUACUACUACUACUACUACUACUACUACUACUGCUACACCACCACCACCAACACCACCACCACCGUUGUUCACAGUGACAAAAAACGUAUUCACACAAUGGCUGCUACUACAACUUAUAGCCCAUAUUGGGGGGCAUACAUGUUUUGUAUGUAAAAGGCUUUUAUGAACUAUAUUUAAAUACUCAGUAUAAUAAGAUUAAGAUUACUUGAUAAAAGCAAUAAUGAACAAUAUUAUUUUAAGAGCAAAAUUAGCAAGUCUAUCCAAUUACUGUGUCUGUAUUAUGAAAUUUUAUUUUGGAAAUGUUAAGGAAAAUAUAAUGUUACUAAAUAUAUGUCUAUGAAUGUUGAUUUUAACAUUUGUCAAAGCUGUUUAAAUGAUACUGGUAACUUUGACUAAAUUGAAAGAAAAUGUAUUCUUUUCAUGUAAUGAGACAUGCUUCAGUUUUUUUUUUUUGGCUUAACAUGUAAUAUUGAGGUGGUAGUUACACAAAUUGUUUAGACAGGUGGAUAAUUUUAAUGCUAAGGCUUUGAUACUCUUAAGUGUGCCCAUUGGUGUCAGGUGUUUUUGUCAAGCAUCUUGUUUAUUAUCUUAGUAUUUCAAGACAAUAUUGAUUAAUUUUAGACAAAAUCAUUUAAUCUCCCUUAAAUUGUCUAUUCUGUAUUUACUUCCAGUUAUUUAUUAAUUUGCUUGAACAUGAUUGAAGAAUGACUUUUUUGUUGCUUAAAAUGCUUUGAGCAUUUAAAAACGAAAAUAUAAGAUGUGGGAAUAAUGUCUAAAGUUAUGAUAAUUAUUUUUAACCAGGUUUUCCGAAGGAAAAAACUGGUUAUUAGAUUGGCGAAUGCGGGCGGGCUGGCUGGCGGGCUGGCUGGCUGGCGGGCUGGCGGAAUAAGCUUGUCCGGGCCAUAACUAUGUCGUUCAUUGUCAGAUUUUAAAAUCAUUUGGCACAUUUGUUCACCAUCAUUGGACGGUGUGUCGCGCGAAAUAAUUACGUCGAUAUCUCCAAGGUCAAGGUCACACUUUGAGUUCAAAGGUCAAAAAUGGCCAUAAAUGAGCUUGUCCUGGCCAUAACUAUGUCAUUCAUUGUGAGAUUUUAAAAUCAUUUGGCACAUUUGUUCACCAUCAUGGGACGGUGUGUCCCACGAAAGAAUCACGUCAAUAUCUCCAAUGUCAAGGUCGCCACGACUAAAAAUAGAUUUAAAAAAAAAAAAAACUUACAAAGGGGGUUAAUUUUUUUUGGUCAUUUCAAAAGUUCAGUUUGAGUUUUCUCCCUUUAUCAGAUUUUUUUUUCACAAUGAAAACCUGGUUUUGUGACAAUUUUGUCCCUUGUUUGUUUUUGUAAAGUUAAUUAUGCUUUAUAUGUUUGUGUAUAGACAUUUAGACGACCAGAUUAACCUGACCUUGAUCAAUGUGUAUAUCGGUCACUUCAUUUGUCAUUUGUAUAUAGAGCGAUUGCGAAAUGAUCGUAUUGUUAAUGAAAAUCAUGCGUUUAUUGUUGCCAUUUUGAUGUUCGCUGUUAACAUGUAUUUGUACAAACAAUUUUCAUCAUGUACAUCUUUUAGAUGCCAGAUAAUAAAAACAAACAUUGCUUGUGGCGAUGCUCAUUUAAAACUUUCUUAAUGGUACAGAACAACACAUUCUGAAGAGGCUAAUAAAUUAUGCUUUAGGCAAAAGGAACAUCUUGUUAUUAGUAUAUGUACUGCGUUUCAUUAAAUAAAGUCAAGCAACUAUUGAAAUAUUGUUAUAACUUUGUUUUGCAUUAUCUUAAGAACAAUUAAUAUAUACUACUUGGAAAUCAGUCAAUUGCAAAUCAAGCGAGAGUGAUUUAACAUGCUAACACUUGUCAAUAAUUGAAUUGUCUCUCUUUGUACGUAAGAUAUAGGGAUGUUGUUGCUUGAAAAACAAAGUUGUAUCCGUUGUUAGAUAAUGUUUUUGUUCAUCUCUCAACAUAACAAGUACAUUCAUACAGUUAUUAAAAAUAUGACACUCUUUAUUCUCAGCCAUCAGUUUGUAUUGGGAUUUUGUGGAAUACUUACUAAACUAAUAUACGUCUGUUUAAUGAAUUAAUAGCUAUGGUACAAUAUGAUACUAAGCGUUACAAAACAUGUGUAAUAAAAAUAUAAUUUCAUUUAUUUGAAAUCAUAAAAUUUAGUUGUCCAUACAAUGCUUACAGUUUUGCAAAUGUGAUGAUAAAUGGAAAUGUUCUGCUCAAAAUGUCUUUUUAAGACAUGUGAAAAUUGUAGCAAUCAUAUUGUACUUGUAUUUAUAUUAUACAUGAUAAGAAUUUACUUACAGAUGAUGAUAGCGGCAGUUUACUAUUUGUGUUACAGUUUGUUUCACUCGACCAUUAGACCAUAUUUCCUUAAAAAUGUGAUUGUUUAUAUUGAACUUUAUUUGAAUGCAUGAAACACGAUUGUUCUAUUACUUAACAGCUGAAAAUAGCUUGAUGUUUGUAAAAUUGUAUGAAAUGUUUCAAAUAAAUCAUAUUGAUUACAUAGAAAAUAAAAUUACAUUUUGCGUUACUUUGAAUGCAUAACAAACAAUUGUUACCAUACAAUCAUAUUAGUAUUGAACUUAAUUAAUACUUUUAGAUGCAAUUUUUACAAUAAUGUGUUAAUAUUGUCAUCCAUUCCAAAUAAGCAUUUUGCAUUCGUAAAUAUAGGGUGUAUAUAAACUGCUUAGAUGCCUUUUUUAAAUUGCUUGUGUACGUCAUAUUGAUUAAAGACUCUUAUUUAUUGCAUAUUUGUGUGUACCUAUGUCUUACUUAUCUCUUGAUUGUCCUUAAAUUACUGCAAAUAGUAUUUUAAUAAUGUUAAAAUAUUUAUCUAAACUAUAACCAGGUUAUCUGUUGAUUUUAGUUUCAUACAUUGUAUUGUCUAGCUAAUUAAAUUGAAGUGGCUAUAUUCUCGCCAACAUGCAUUGUCGGUGUAUGGUUUAGACAAAGCGCAUUACACAACUCAUGUUGUUUUUCUCCAUCAUUAAUAACCAAUGUUUAUUCCGUAGAGGUCGCAUUAUACUAAAUAUUUCAGUUGUGCAAUGCUUUGCUCUCUUAAUAAAUCAGCACUAUUUAUUGAUUUUUUAUAUGGGCACUUCCCAUGACUUUAUUCGUGAAUAUUUCUUUGAAUGUGCGGUACGGAAAACAUUGUUUGCUUGAAGGUUAGAAACUUAAUGUUGACAUCUUGAAAGAUGGCAGUAAACAUUUAACUGCAGAGUGGCUGUGAAAAGAUGUAUGUUAAACAAUGUAAGACAGAACUCCACGCAAGAUAUGUCAUGCAUGCGAUAUGCAUGAACUAUCUUUUAAAAAUAAUUUGGAUCUGAAUUAUCUUUAACAAAUGGUAUGGUUAUGAGGGUCUCUAUGUGCAAAAUGUUGCAUUUAUUUAGUGUACAAGUUAUUGCUUAAACAUUGAAUUUGUUAUGGAAAUAAUAUAGUUUAUGUGACUUAAAGAGAUAUACAUGUUUAUGUUAGUGAUGUGUUUUUGCUGAUCCAAGUCUGUUCCUGCACACUAUUUAAAGUAGAUAACUACAAGUUAUCUCAUUUAAAUGGGAAAAGUAUUGUACUGUGAAAAAGUGUUGCGAGUUCAAAUAAAAAUACUAUGAAC